AUGAGUCAACGAUCAAGUAAUUGGAAUACAGGUACAUUUCUUAAUCAAAAUCCGCAGCUAAGUAUUUCUCAAAUUGACCCACAACAACUUUAUCCAGCACCCAAGCCUCAAAUGGUUCGAUCAAACGGCUGGGAACCGACACUUACCUCCAACAACAACAACAAAACCAAUCCGUCACCUGAUUCAAAUUCACGAUUCAGUUUUUCCAAGUUAUGUGCAAAAUUAACAUCCACAAAAAUGUUGUUCUUUAUGGUGGGAUUCAUUUUAUGUGCUGUUCCAUUAGCGGUUAUGACAACGCUAUGGUUGAAUGCACGUUCAUCAUCGACAGCUACAACAACUGUAGCAAGUGUUACAGGUAAUAGUAUCAUUCUUGCUUCUGUACAUGAUAAAAUAACUGAUCUAACAAUUUCUUUAAAUCUUCUACGAAGUUUAUUUUACAUCUUUUUAGUUUCAAAUACAUCGGUUAGUUUACCGAUACAAUGUUACGCUUAUUCAACUCUGAGUGAUUACAGUCGAAAUUAUCAAAAUGGUUAUAGUUGUUGUUAUACACCUUAUGAUAUUAUAUCAUACAUGUCGGCUGGUUGGUUUCGAAUUACAUCAUCAGCUGGUACACAGCUCGUCACAACCGCUAUUUCUACUAUAGGUGCAUGUGGUUCAAGUUAUCCUGGCUAUUUUAAUGGUACAUUACCAACCACAGCUGGUUCAAUGACAACAGGAAAUGUUUGUUUUUAUACAGGUGUUUCAUGCGGCUAUUCACUAUCACCAAUUAGUGUUAUCAACUGUAAUGGUUAUUAUGUAUUUUAUUUGAUACCUACAAGUAGUACAUCUUACAGAUAUUGCACAACAAACUAA